AUGCUUCUCGGUUCUUCCUCCCAAUUCUUUCAGCAGAUUGGUGGCUGCAAUGCUGUCAUCUAUUACCUUCCCGUCUUGUUCGAACAGUCCGUCGGCCAGAGUCACCUCAUGUCCAUGAUUCUGGGCGGUGUCAACAUGGUUGUCUAUGCUAUCUUCGCCUGUAGCUCCUGGAUCCUGGUGGAGCGCGUCGGUCGUCGCAAGCUGUUCCUUAUCGGUUCGAUCGGCCAGUGUCUGUCCAUGGUGAUUAUCUUUGCCUGCUUGAUUCCAGGAGAUCCUGAGCCUGCCAAGGGUGCUGCCUUCGGUCUGUUCGUCUUCAUCGCCACUUUCGGAGCGACCUGGCUGCCUCUGCCCUGGUUGUACCCGGCCGAAAUCUCCCCUAUCAAGACCCGUGCGAAGGCCAAUGCUUUGUCUACCUGCACCAACUGGACUUUCAACUUCUUGAUCGUCAUGGUCACUCCCAUCAUGGUCCGCGACAUCAAGUGGGGCACCUAUCUCUUCUUUGCUGUUCUCAACGGCCUGUUCGUUCCAGUCAUCUGGUUCUUCUACCCGGAGACGGCUGGUCGCUCUUUGGAAGAGAUUGACCUCGUCUUUGCCAAGGGAUUCGUCGAGAAGUUGUCCUACGUCCGUGCUGCCGAGCAGCUCCCCAGGCUCUCAGACGAGGAUAUCGAACGCGUCGCUGCUCAGUAUGGUCUUGGUGUGGACGUGGAGGCUCCUGGCAGGGACACUUCUGAGUCUGCCUCGCAGGAGCAGGUUGAGAAGACUGGCUAA